AUGUUUUUGUGUUUGAAUAUUUUAAUGACUUGUUUGUUUUUGUUUCCCAUGUUUUGUAUGUUUGUUUUGUUUGAAUGUUUUAUUUAUUUGUUUUUGUUUGAAUGUUGUUUAUUUGUUCUUGUUGAGUGUUGUGUUUAUUUGUUUUUGUUUGAAUGUUUUGUUUAUUUGUUUUUAAAUUUUUAGAGUGUUUUUUAUUUCUUUUCCUUGUUUUUCUGUUUUUAAACAAUUUAUUUUUAAAACUUUCCAGGUUUUGAUUCUUCCCAAACAAACAACAAAGCAAUUUUUCAUUAACUUCAAUUUCCAAUAUGAUAACUUUUACUAACGGUUCGA